GAACCGGCCGCAUGCCGCUCCCGAGCUCGUCGCGCCGCCGGGGCCGCUGCGGGCCAAGGAGGAGCCUCGCGCCCGCGCUGCGACCUGGAGAAGUGGCGGACGGUGGAAGGGAAAGUGGCCUGUCGCUGGCGGGCGCCGCUCAGGGGAGCUUUUGUUUUAGGAAAGAAUGCUGAAGGCUCGCUGCACCCGGCGGCUCACAGGCUGCGAAAUGCGAGUGUGGGCUCCCACGCGCGGACUGCGUCCCAGGUCUUGCGCGGGGCCCCGGAUUCCCCACUCCCAAGUUGUGCGGUCGCAACAGGGAAGUGGUGUGGCCGCCAUUGUCGCAGCUGCUCCGGAAUAAGGAGGCGGCUGCGGCUGCUUAUAUCUGGCUUGCCCCUGAUCAGACUUACUCUGAUCUGAAGACUUUGGUGUUUAAGGCAUUAAGAAAAUAGCCUGAAUUGUUCAUGGAGUUUUUCAUCAGUAUGUCUGAAACCAUAAAAUAUAAUGACGAUGACCAUAAAACGCUGUUUCUGAAAACGCUGAACGAACAGCGCCUGGAAGGCGAAUUCUGUGACAUCGCCAUUGUGGUUGAGGAUGUAAAGUUCAGAGCCCACCGGUGUGUCCUCGCCGCCUGCAGCACGUACUUUAAGAAGCUUUUCAAGAAGCUGGAGGUGGACAGUUCCUCCGUCAUAGAGAUAGACUUCCUGCGCUCCGACAUAUUCGAAGAGGUGCUGAACUACAUGUACACAGCAAAGAUUUCCGAAAAGGAGGAUGUCAACUUGAUGAUGUCGUCCGGUCAAAUCCUCGGUAUCCGGUUUUUGGAUAAACUGUGUUCUCAGAAGCGUGACGUGUCUAGUCCGGAUGAAAGUAACGGUCAGUCAAAGAGUAAAUAUUGCCUCAAAUUAAACCGCCUAGGAGACGCUGCUGACACUCAGGAUGAUGAUGUGGAAGAAAUCGGGGACCAGGAUGACAGCCCUUCUGAUGACACAGUAGAAGGCACCCCCCCAAGUCAGGAGGACGGCAAGUCUCCCACGACCACUCUCAGGGUUCAGGAAGCGAUUUUGAAGGAGCUGGGGAGUGAGGAGGUUCGAAAAGUGAACUGCUACGGCCAGGAAGUAGAAUCCAUGGAGACUCCCGAGUCCAAAGAUCUGGGGUCUCAGACCCCUCAAGCCUUAACCUUUAAUGACGGGAUGAGCGAAGUAAAAGAUGAGCAGACUCCGGGCUGGACCACGGCAGCCAGCGACAUGAAGUUUGAGUAUCUGCUUUACGGUCACCAUCGGGAGCAGAUCGCCUGCCAGGCGUGUGGGAAGACGUUUUCUGAUGAAGGCAGGUUGAGGAAGCACGAGAAGCUCCACACGGCAGACAGGCCGUUUGUCUGUGAGAUGUGUACAAAAGGGUUCACCACCCAGGCCCACCUGAAAGAACACCUAAAAAUCCACACGGGGUAUAAACCCUACAGCUGUGAGGUGUGCGGGAAGUCGUUUAUCCGUGCCCCAGACCUGAAGAAGCACGAGAGGGUUCACAGUAACGAAAGACCGUUCGCCUGUCACAUGUGUGACAAAGCCUUCAAACACAAGUCUCACCUCAAGGACCACGAGAGGAGACACAGAGGGGAAAAGCCCUUUGUGUGCGGCUCUUGCACCAAGGCCUUUGCCAAGGCCUCAGAUCUGAAGAGGCAUGAGAACAAUAUGCACAGUGAGAGGAAACAGGUCACCCCCAGUGCCAUCCAGAGCGAGACAGAACAGUUGCAGGCUGCAGCAAUGGCUGCCGAGGCGGAGCAGCAGCUGGAGACGAUUGCCUGUAGCUAGAGGUGAUGAGUCAGGAACACUUGGCCUGGGAGGUGGAUGCUGACGUUGCAUUGGCUGUAGUCAGUGAACACCUUUGACCGAUUUUGUGGCAGUUUACAGCGUUGUGCUGGCUGGACCUAAGGCAGUGCGCACUCUGGUUAGGUAAUUCACAAGUUUCUCAAGGCAGUUACGUUCCUACGUUCUGACCAAACAGUUGGGUUUUUUUAUCUUUUUUUUUUUUUUUUUUUUUUUUUGGUGAUGUCUAGUACUCAUAUUCCCAGUAAGGUCCCCUACCCUUCUUUAUGGUUUUAAUUUGAAAUCUCCUUUGUCUAGUUUAAAAUGAAUGGCUUCUGUUUCAUUCUUAAUCCCUCAACUCCUGCCAAGCUGGUGAGUGCACUGCAUAGAGUCAUUGAAUACAUUGAUUUCCCAACCAUCCCAGUAAAUGUGACUUACGAUCCAAAUGGCAGUUGUUAAAACUGGAUACGAGAACUUUAUAUCGAUGCAGACGACGUUGGCACGUGCUGACCCGGAACACUGAAGAAAUGCAAAACCAAAUUUGGAAAAAUGGAAUGGUGUUAGUUUUAUAUUUGGUUUGUGAUUUUUAUAUAUAUCUAUAUAUAUCAUUGUUUUUCACUGUUUCUGUGGAUAAAUAAUAGUUGCUUUGCCGAGGUGUUCCUUCAUCAAUUGCAAUGGCCCCUGUACCCUCCCCAAAUGCUGCAGGUCAUGUACCUCAGGGUGAGCGAGACCACCAAGAUGCUGGUGGCGUUGGGACUGAGUUCCCCUUUUGUCCAGUGUGGCCAUUCUGUUUGUGUGUGUCUGUGCAGUGGACCAGUAUCGACAGGAGGAGAAGAGUCUAAGACAAAGUUUUCACAGAUACAAAAACGCUAAGGUUCCCUAGGUCUUGAAAUUGUGACUGAUUUCAAAAUUGGUUUUGUAUUUACGGUCAAAAUUAGGACAAGAAGCGGAAAUGUUUCUUCAAAUAACAUUUUUGUAGUUUACAGAUCGUCAAGCUUUCGGGGUGUCUGCAUCUCUGCAGCACUCGAUUUCCCACGAAGAAGAUGCUUACUUAAAUAAAUCUGAAAUCUUUUAAGCGUGUAAAUAGUAGUGUUGGUCUUAUGUGUUUCGAAAAGAAUGGACAGCUGCGUUGUUUUUCCUUCUUUCUUUUUUUACGCAGUGGAUUAAAGUACCUUUCAUUGGCAACAAAUAUCAGACCCCUUUAACCAACAUUAAAGACCAUCAGACCAAAUGUUUAUGUUUUCCAAAUAUGUUCUAUCACUGAUUACAGUUUUCAAUAGAAGCUGAUUGCCUUGUCAUAGCCAUAAAUCAGAAUUAUGAACUUUGUUUCAGAUCGGGUGUACUAAAUGCUCCUUUUGACUGUUUUCUCAGGAGGAUAUUGAAAUGCCAACAAGAGUUUGAAUUAUGUUCUGUAAGAAAGUGUAGACGAUUGUUUUAGGCUGUGUACAGUUGUAGAAGGUGCCAACUUUAAAAGUUCAUGUUUAGUUCUUAAGGUUUUCUUUUUUUUUUUUUUUUUAAAUGCAUUAAAGUAAUUUCAUUACAUGGCCUGCUGUACUAACAUCUGUCAUUACUAUUGUGAGAAAAUUUUACUUUCAAAAUCAGUGUACGUGUUAUGCCCGAGAUUGUCAGAUGGAGAGGAGGCUACCUUUACAUUUUUUUUUUUUUUUAUUUAUUGUUAAAAUUUUUGACUUAAUUUUUUUCCCAAGUGGUUUGUUCUGUUUUGGAGGCAAUCCCGUCUGUGCUGUUAGUAGGAGGGGCCGACUGGUGAUCCCAAGCUGUGUUAACCAAAGCAAAUGUGAAAUCGGCUGGCAUCCUGUUGAUAGCUACUUCAACAAACCAUAUUUUGGGCCUUCAUUUUUGUAUAUAAAGAUAAUGAUACACUCUU